AGGUUCAGAUGACGGACCAGGACGCCCAGGACGCCGCCCUUAAGUACAGCCAAGAGAAACGCGACUACGAGGUCAAGAUCAGGAACCUGCAGGAGGAGCGGAGGAUUUACGAGGAGGAUUGGGAGGAGAAGCUCAGAGAAAAAGAGAGAGAGGCCGAGAGCAAGCUGAGGGAAGCGAUGAGGAACCAUGAGAUGAUGCAACGACUCAUUGACGACAAGGAGGAGGAGUUCGAGACGAGACUCAAGGCCCAGGUGGUUCAGUGGAAGACAGACUGGGACAACGUGGAGGAGGGACUCAAGGAUGAGAUUAAGAAACUGAAGACUGAGAACGACAACCUCCGCAGCGAGGCGGGCGCCAUGCGAGGCCGCGUGGACCGAGCCGAGAUCGAGCACGAGAUGCGAAUCCAGGAGCUCGAGCAGGAACUGGGCGCGAAGAACACCGAACUCGAGAACAGGACGAAGAACUUGAAGAUCCGACUGGAGACGAUGGAGAGCUCGAGUCGCCAGCAGAACCAGGAGAAGCUCGAGGUGGAGAGGCUUUUGAGGGAAGACCGAGAGAAGCUCCGCCAGCUUCAGCUCAAGCUCGACACUUUGGAAGCUUCGAAGCAGAGUAGCGAGCGGAGGGUCCUGUCUCUCUCGUCGACGGAGCGCGACCUCAGGGAAUCCAAGGAGACGCUCAGUUUGGAGAACGAGGAACUCAAGGUCGAGCUCGAGGGACUCAAGACGAAGAUGGAGGCGAAGGAGAAGGAGUGGGCGGGCAAGUUGGAGGCGGAGUCGAAGGCGGCGGAGAGCAGAGUGAAACAAAGGAUCGAGAAGACGUGGCUGGAGAAACUGAAACGCAGCGAGGAGAGCGCCGCGCAGGACAUCGAGAAACUGCGCGAGUCUCACCGCCGAUCCGAGAGCGACUUGAGGAAGGAGCUGGCACUGGCGCAGAAGGCCGAGGAGGAGACCAAGAGGCUGAACGAGGAAUUUAAGAAGAAGGUCAAGGCGCUGCGGCAGAGCGAGACUGACCUCGGCCAUAAGGUCAAGGAGCUGGAGGACCGGCUAGAGAAGGUCAAACGACGGGGCGAAGUCCUCACAGGAAACGAGUUCACGUGAGUAUCGGAUGCGAGAAUUA